AUGGUCCAAGUCGAAUCCGCAAGCCAGUUGGCCGCUGCCAAGGGUAAACGGAGGGCGCCCCAAGCACAGAAAGCACAACGCCCUAGGACUAGCUCCGCUAAACAGAGUCAGCCAGGAGGCAAGCGCUGGUACCCAUCUGCGGGAGGGAAGGGUAGCGACGCGCCCCCAGGAAAGAGAGGACCAGGUGGUGGCUCCUCAUCCUCGGGUGGUCAUCAUCCCCGGCAGCAGGUAAAUCACAAAAAGUCCCAUCCCGACCCGACGCAACAGUUGUUGUUUCUGGGCAUGGAGUUCGACACCGAAGUAGGCCUGGUUCGCCCAUCUCAAGCGCGUUGCCUAGCGCUAAGCAACCUAGCAGAACGCCUAGUCAGCGUACCUUCAGUGUCUCUCCGAGAACUAAUGCGGCUCAUCGGAAUGAUGACCUCCGUUCGAAGGGUUAGUUCCCCAGGCCGCACUACGCAGCCGCCCGGUCCAACGCUUGUUAUUGGAAUACCUAGCUCACCUACGGGAACUAAACAGACGGGUAUUGAUCCCGGACCAAGUAAAGGAAACCCUGUCCUGGUGGUCGUCACUGACCAACCUCAGACAGGGGGUCCCCUUGGACCCACUCGUCACAACCAUGACUCUGGUAACAGACGCCUCCCUCCAAGGGUGGGGAGCGCAUCUAUUGGACAAACAAGCCCAAGGAAUAUGGCCCCCGCAAUGGGUUCGGGACCACCAUAUCAACUGGCUCGAGCUGAAAGCAGUGCACCUAGCACUUUCACACUUUCGACCCGAAAACCAAAAGAUGAUUUUGGUUAUGGCAUGCUAAAAUCGUGGCUGGGAGAUGGAUUACUUAUCAGCAAUGGGAGUAAAUGGGCCAGAGACAGGAAAUUGUUGACGCCAGGAUUUCACUUUGACGUGUUAAAACCAUAUGCCAAAAUAUUCAAUGAUUGUUCCAAAGUUCUGUUGUCCAAAUGGCACGAGCAAUCACAAGAAGGUUCCGUCGACGUAUUUCACCACGUGAGUCUGCUGACAUUAGACUGUUUGAUGAAUUGUGUAUUCAGCCAAGAUGGCGACUGUCAACGCCAAGAAAAUAAUCCCUACAUCAGAUCCGUAUAUUCCGCUUCUCAAUUAUUCGCUAAACGGUUCUUUAACAUGUUCCACUACAAUGACGUCAUUUACUACCUGAGUUCUAAUGGUCGACAGUGGAGAAAGACAUUAGACAUCCUACAUUCACACUCUCACAGUGUCAUCACGCAACGAAGACGUGCGUUACAGCAAGAACAAAGAAGUGGCAUUAAAAAUACGAGAAAGUACAUCGAUUUCUUGGAUAUACUUCUGUCUGCAAAGGAUGAAGAUGGCAAUGGCAUGACUGAUAGAGAAAUCCAAGAUCAAGUCGACACAUUCAUGUUUGAGGGUCAUGACACAACUGCUAGCGGUAUAUCAUGGUGUCUGUACAAUCUAGCCAAACAUGCGCAUCACCAACGUAAAUGCCAAACAGAAAUUGACGACUGCUUUGCAAAGAAGACAAAUGCGGACCUGUCAUGGGAUGACCUCAAUAACUUUCCGUACUUGACAAUGUGCAUCAAAGAAAGUCUGCGUAUAACACCGCCAGUUCUCAAUCACAGCAGAGAAUUGACUAUACCGCUUCAUUUCCCGGAUGGAACAUCUUUACCAGCUGGAAUGUGGACAUCCAUCAAUGUUUAUGCCACUCACCAUAACAAUUCUGUCUGGGAAAAUCCGGAAGUGUAUGACCCAUCUAGAUUUUUACCAGAAAAGGUCAAACUGAGAUCACCACAUGCAUUCAUACCUUUUUCAGCUGGACCAAGAAACUGUAUUGGUCAGAACUUUGCUAUGAAUGAAAUGAAGAUUACCCUGGCCAAUAUACUGCAUAAUUUUGAGUUAUCGGCGGAUGAGAGCAAGCCAGUGGUUCCGAUUGCGGAGAUAAUAUAUAAAACUAGAAAUGGGAUGUUUCUCAACCUU